AUGCAAUCAUUGAAUGAUCUUAGUAAUGUGCUGUUGAAGCAUGUUGUUAGGAUGUUGGGCGACAAUCCGGUGGAUGUGAUCUGUUUGUCAUUGACUUGUAGGAGAAUGUAUGGUCAGCGACAACAAUACAUCACCUUUGAAUACUCCAAUUACUUCUCUCAGACACAGCGACUGAUUCCAAUGUAUCGUGAUCUUAUCAAGAAACAGAUUGAUAAAGAUGUGUUGGUUGUGGAUCUUAAGGUCGGAUCAAUGUUGAGAAUGACAACGACCCCAGAGACAAUGACUCAUAUUACUUUCGAUGAGUAUAGACGACAGCUUAGUAAUAGCGAUCAAUCAUCUUCGUCAUCCUCGUCUGUGAAGUCAUGUGAAUGUAUAUAUUUCGGCGAAGUUGAAUAUAUAUCGCCAGGUAUACUGCCAGACACUUUAAAGAUGAUUAGAUUCAAUAGGAGCUAUGACCUAAUGUCCUACAAUGGACAACCGGUGUUGCCUCCGAACCUCAUCAUCUUGAUACUUGGUGAUGGGUACAACCAGAGACUGCCACCAAAUGCCUUGCCAUCGAGCCUUACCAGUCUGUUGAUGGGCGCCAACUUCAACCAGCCCAUCGACAUUGGCGUUCUGCCACAGUCACUGAAGAUCAUAUCUCUGGGCAUGUCGUAUAACCUUCCGAUUGGUCAGGGUGUCCUGCCCGAGUCCCUGAGGAAGCUGAUCUUUGGCAAGAACUACAACAGCCCAAUCAUGCCAGACGUGUUGCCACACAGUAUCACAAACAUUAUAUUCGGUCGACAGUUCAAUCAGCCACUGGACAUUGGUGUGCUGCCCAACUCACUUAGCAUCCUUUCUUUGGGGGACAACUUUGAUCAAACCCUGGCUCGCGGAGUGCUCCCCGAGGGCCUGAAGGAGCUGUCCAUGAACGUGAGCCACAUCAUACCUCGAUCACUACCAUCCACUCUUGUAUUUCUAAAGUUGAUGAAGAGAUUCGAUCAACCUGUGACACCUGAAACAUUCCCUAGAUCAUUAACCAAACUAUUGUUCAGUUUCCAGUUCAACAACGCACUCUCUGUUGGCGCCAUACCGCCAGGCGUCACAAAGCUGGUGUUGGAGAUGUUCAAUCAACCACUACAUGUUGGAGAGCUGCCUGACACAAUCACAGAGUUGAGGCUUGGCAUGUAUGAUCAUCCUCUGCCGCCAGACAUCCUACCAGACUCGUUAAAGAGCCUCGACUUAGGCGCACAGUUCAACAAAUCGAUUGAGAUUAGAUCACUGCCCUCAUCGCUCACAGUGCUCAGGUUUGGAGUUGGGUUCGACAUGCCACUUCCACCUGGCGUCCUUCCACCUUCACUCACUGAGCUCGUCCUCGGUCAUAACUACAAGAGAAAGUUUGAACAGGGCUCACUCCCAGCCAGUCUAGCCAAGUUGACCCUUGGCAGCAAGUAUACUCAUUCACUCUCAGCGUCUAUUCUACCCGUGUCACUCACCAAUCUGACAUUCUCCAUUGAUCACGAUGGUGGUAGUGGCCAUGGAUCCGUCGUGAGCACUACAACAAUCAUUCUUGUCAUUGCAACAGACUUCUUCAAGACCUACACAGACAAGUUCACUCUCGAUCAUUUGUACAAUUGGAUGAUCGGGUCAAACUCAAUGGGCUCAACAGUUACAGGCAAGAUCACAUCAUUCUUUACUUCUUGGCUGCGCAGCUCUUCAAACCGUGUGGUGGAUGAGUCAUGCGAUCGUUUCAUGGCCGCAGUUGCCAAACAUCCAAUCGAACUAAUAUUGAGCGGUGAUAUCAAGACAUUGCCAAACAUCAAUCUCAACCUGAAGCAAUUGACUAUAUACUACAACAUCUAUCCACCAACCAAAUUCAUGUUCAAGAGCAAAGAAUGGGUAAAAUGGUUAAUGGACUCCAUGGUUAAUAGCCUUAUAUUAGUAGAUGGAUUAUUCCAAAAGUUAUAUAUUAGGAAGAUUGGACAAUGUAAUAGUAAUAAUAAUCAACAACAACAACAAUGUGAUAUAUUAGUACUCAAUCAUCGGCUUGAAGGUGGAACAAUUACAUCACGUGACAAAUUGGAGUCACUACUCUCCACACAUCUAGAAUACAAUCUAAUGCUCAAUCUUGAUUAA